AUGGAUGACCCGAAGAAAAAUAACGGAUUGAAUAUUUCAAUUGUGCCAUUUAAAUCUUGCCCUUAUGAAUCACAACUUAAGCUCCAAGAUAUUGGAAUCACCGGAUUGGAAUCAUCGGCUGACAUUGAAUUCAAACCAUUUUUGGUUCUGUACUUUCAUAAUGUUAUUAGCGAUCAACAUAAUUUGAAGAUCAAACAGAAUGUUCGCAAUAAAAGAGAUGAUUUCUCAAAAUCAUUAGACUAUGAAUCUAAUAAAAUUGAUGUAAUUCCUCCAGAUUAUGUUGCAUUAACUCCAUUUACAAAAACUUACAAACGUAAAUAUAUUGACAAUCAUCGUACGGUUAAAAAAAAUUUAGCUGACUAUAAUAAGGACGGUUCAAAAAAAAAACCGAGUAGUUGUAAUAUGAAAUCAUUGUCCGUUAAUUUUGAAGAUAUAGGACGUGACCAUAUAAUUGCUCCAAAAAUAAUUAAUUUCAACUUCUGCAAUGGUCGAUGCGGUGGAUCAAAUUUUGACAAUUCAACUUAUUCUGCAGCUUAUAACCACUAUCUUAUUUAUCAGUCAUUAUGUCAUCUAUAUCCUGAAGAAAUAUCAUCAACGUAUUGUGCGCCUACGAAAUUUUCAAAUUUAACUGCUCUAUUUUUUGACGUCAAUGAUAAUAUUGUUUUAGAAACAGUGCCCAACAUAAUAGCUGAAGAAUGUCCUUGUGAGUAA